AUGGACCCAACAAAAGCGCAGACGACAGCGACCUUUGCUCAUCUUAAAGGUCAAAAAGCAAACAAGACAUGUUUUGACUGUGGGGCAAAGAAUCCGACGUGGUCCUCCGUGACUUUUGGUAUUUACCUGUGUCUGGACUGCUCAUCAGUCCACCGGAAUUUGGGAGUACACAUCUCCUUCGUCAGAUCUACCAACCUCGAUUCCUGGUCUCUUGCCCAGUUGCGGACGAUGAAAUGUGGAGGAAAUGCUGCGAUCGCCGAAUUCUUCACCAAGCAUGGAGGAGGAUCAUUGAUCCCGCCUAACAGCUCGGAUGCGCGAGCGAGAUACACGUCACGUCAGGCUGGAUUGUACAAGGAGGAAUUGGCACGCAAGGUAGACCAGGAUGCUCAGAGAAACCCCCAUGGAAUCCACAUCGAUGGUCUGGAGCUCACACCACUCGCUUCAUCCACUCCCCAGGCUGAAGGCGAUGAUUUCUUCUCGACAUGGGAUAAGGAGAAGGCUCCGAAAGCAGCUGCUCCUGCUGCGAAACCCACUGCGACUGCUCCUCCUUCCAUCGGAGCCACUAGGCCAACUGCAUCCACCGCCUCAUCAGCUUCACGUACGGUCACUUCCUCCUCUCUCCGAGGGGCUCAACCCACUUCCCGCACCACCACAUCAUCCGCAGCGGCCAGUGCCGCGCGUCCGGCCGGCGGACCAAAAGCAAGCAAGCUGGGUGCCAAAAAGGCAGCGACGGGUAUCAAUUUUGAGGAGGCUCAACGGAAAGCUAUGCAGGAAGAAGAGAGAAUCAAGCGGUUAGGCUAUGACAAGCAAAAGGAAGAAGAGGAAGCAAAGGCAGUCAGGGAACGUGAAGCUGCAGAGAGGAAAGCGAGAGGAGAUCAGAUCAGUCGAGGGAGCACCCCAUUGCCCAGCUCCGCCAGGAAGGAGGUGGACAAACCUGCUGUGGCGAGAUUGGGUUUCGGUCAGACUGUCGGUGGACCCGCUGCGGCUGCACCAGCUAAAGCACGAGUACAAGAGGUGGACGAUGUGAGGACAGCUAGAGACAAGUUUGGAGGUCAAAAAGCCAUCUCUUCCGAUCAAUACUUUGGCCGAGGGUCUUAUGACCCCGUUGCGGGCAGCGAAGCACAACAGAGGCUGCAACAGUUCUCAGGAGCCACGGCUAUCUCGUCAAACGCCUACUUUGGUCGUCCGGAAGAAGAUGAGGACGAGCCUCAAUCACCUCUGAGUGGAGAGGGCAUGCUGGGUCUAGGAGACAAUGAAACCAUUGCGGGCCUCGAAAGGGGUAUCAGAGAUAUGGCUGGAAGAGUGAUGGGCAGUCAAGAGGUCCAAAAUUUGACGGAUCAAGUGAGAGCAGGAGCGCUCAAACUCUCCGACUUUCUCGCCUCGCUUGAAGGUCGAUGA